CUGUGAUUGGCUGAUCGCUGAGCGACAUCUGCGCGCCAAGGCAACCGCCCGCCAUGUCGGGUCAGUGCUGUUUGCUGUCGGUCUCCACAGCACGGAGCGGUGGAGCUGCCCUCCCCCAGCUCGCUCUGCUCCUGCGCCGGGGGCCCUGGCGGAGCUUCAGCUCACAGUCUGAUGGAGAGGCUCGAGUCACCCGAGUCCUGCGGGAGAAGUUCCCCCGUGCCUCCUCCAUCAGGGUCGUGGACAUUUCAGGUGGCUGUGGGGCUAUGUAUGAGAUUCACAUAGAGUCAGAGGAGUUCAGAGAGAAGAGAACAGUGCAGCAGCACCAGAUGGUCAAUCAGGCUCUGAGUGAGGAGAUCAAGAGCAUGCACGGGCUGCGGAUCUUCACCUCCACCCCCAAGCCCUGAUGGUGUUUGUGCACUCACCAGCCACUCAAUAAAGCUGCUCCUCUAGUGCUCCACUCAA